UAUUUCUGGCCGUGUAACAAGUGCGCAGCGUAUGGACCCUGUGACAACAUUAACAAUGUCACAUGUGGAUGCAUCAGAGCCGUUCCAAAUGAUGGACAGUUCUGCCAACCAAUGACGGAGCUGACCAACAUCACAGCAUGCCCAACUCCCUCGCCAACAGCACCUUCCUCUCCCACUGAAUAUGUGGUUGAGAUUGAGAUUGACACAGUGGAUGCAGCAGUGCUUACUCAGCUGAGAACUUUUCUGAAGUACCUCAGUUUACCCUUCGGAAUAAGUGACAUUCAGAUCACUGAAGUCAACAUCACUACAGUGUGUCUUCUGAAUAAUACUGGAUACCAGUGCCAGUGUGAGGAUCAGUAUUUCUGGCCGUGUAACAAGUGCGCAGCGUAUGGACCCUGUGACAACAUUAACAAUGUCACAUGUGGAUGCAUCAGAGCCGUUCCAAAUGAUGGACAGUUCUGCCAACCAAUGACGGAGCUGACCAACAUCACAGCAUGCCCAACUCCCUCGCCAACAGCACCUUCCUCUCCCACUGAAUAUGUGGUUGAGAUUGAGAUUGACACAGUGGAUGCAGCAGUGCUUACUCAGCUGAGAACUUUUCUGAAGUACCUCAGUUUACCCUUCGGAAUAAGUGACAUUCAGAUCACUGAAGUCAACAUCACUACAGUGUGUCUUCUGAAUAAUACUGGAUACCAGUGCCAGUGUGAGGAUCAGUAUUUCUGGCCGUGUAACAAGUGCGCAGCGUAUGGACCCUGUGACAACAUUAACAAUGUCACAUGUGGAUGCAUCAGAGCCGUUCCAAAUGAUGGACAGUUCUGCCAACCAAUGACGGAGCUGACCAACAUCACAGCAUGCCCAACUCCCUCGCCAACAGCACCUUCCUCUCCCACUGAAUAUGUGGUUGAGAUUGAGAUUGACACAGUGGAUGCAGCAGUGCUUACUCAGCUGAGAACUUUUCUGAAGUACCUCAGUUUACCCUUCGGAAUAAGUGACAUUCAGAUCACUGAAGUCAACAUCACUACAGUGUGUCUUCUGAAUAAUACUGGAUACCAGUGCCAGUGUGAGGAUCAGUAUUUCUGGCCGUGUAACAAGUGCGCAGCGUAUGGACCCUGUGACAACAUUAACAAUGUCACAUGUGGAUGCAUCAGAGCCGUUCCAAAUGAUGGACAGUUCUGCCAACCAAUGACGGAGCUGACCAACAUCACAGCAUGCCCAACUCCCUCGCCAACAGCACCUUCCUCUCCCACUGAAUAUGUGGUUGAGAUUGAGAUUGACACAGUGGAUGCAGCAGUGCUUACUCAGCUGAGAACUUUUCUGAAGUACCUCAGUUUACCCUUCGGAAUAAGUGACAUUCAGAUCACUGAAGUCAACAUCACUACAGUGUGUCUUCUGAAUAAUACUGGAUACCAGUGCCGGUGUGAGGAUCAGUAUUUCUGGCCGUGUAACAAGUGCGCAGCGUAUGGACCCUGUGACAACAUUAACAAUGUCACAUGUGGAUGCAUCAGAGCCGUUCCAAAUGAUGGACAGUUCUGCCAACCAAUGACAGAGCUGACCAACUUCACAGCAUGCCCAAUUUCAUCACCAAUAGGGACCAGUACUCCAAGUACUAGCACAGGGACCACAGCUCCAAAUACUACUCCAGGGACCACUGCUCUAGAUACUACCAAAGUGACCACUGUUCCAGACAUGACCACAGGGACCACAGCUCCAAAUACGACCACAGGGACCACUGCUGUAGGUACUACCAAAGUGACCACUGCUCCAGACACUACGAAAGUGACCACUGCUCCAGACACUACGAAAGUGACCAUUGCUCCAGACUCUACGAAAGUGACCACUGCUCCAGAUACUACCAAAGUGACCACUGCUCCAGAUACUACCAAAGUGACCACUGCUCCAGAUACUAUCGAAAUAACCAUUGCUCCAGAUACUACCCCAGAAACCAGUGCUCCUAAGACGACCAUAAAGAUCGGUGCUCCAGUUUCAACCAUAGAGGUCAUUGUUCCAGUGCCAAUCACAGUGGUCAGUACCACUCCAACCACAGCCACACCAGCAGAAUACACUAUAACUUUAUCAAUGACCAUAGAUACAACAUUUGACAACACACUCACGGACAAAAACAGUCAAAUGUACCAACAGUACAGCAAAGACAUCACAAGUGCAGUUGACGGUGCUUACAGUGGCAAACUUUCUUCAUACAAAGUUGGUUCUGUGAAAGUUAUUAAAUUCAGGCCUGGCAGUGUGGUAGCAGACUUCACUAUUACAUCAACAAGAAAUACACUUGAUUUUAGUGCUGCAAACAGACAAUUAGCUUCUGCUCUCAGAGACAAAGGAUAUAGCGUAAAUGAAAAUUCAUUCGCUCAAACUGUGGAAAGUGGCUUAUACGACCCAGGCAAAGGCAACAUUUAUCCUGGCAAUGAUUUGGUUUUGACCUGUAAUCCUCCAGACUUAAGUACUGGAGGAAUAAUCUGGAGUUUCAAUGAUUACAGUCUUGGUCCCAGUACUGAGGAGAAAACACACACUGUGAAAAGCACCAGUGAUCGGGACAGUGGUAAAUAUGCAUGCAAAACGACCUUAAACUCAAUUCCCUACAUAAUCUGGCAAAGGAUAGUAAUUCAGCCAUUGCCCAAUAUCAGAGUGACCAACUCAAAAACUGUGUACUGUGAUGGAUCACCAAUCACACUGGAGUGCUGCGCUGAGAACAGCUACAUGACUAAGUGGAGCCUGUUCACUUCACCUGGACUACAGACGCUAACAGAACUAAAGAUAGGCUGCAGCACAUAUACGUACCCAGGUAUCAGUGAAGCGGCCUGUAAGGACCAAAUUCUGACGUUCCUGUGGGAAGUCUAUGACCUCAAUGAAAACCUUUACAGUUCAAACAACGUCACUAUUACUGUAACUGGAAAAAGAAUGGCCUGCUACAAUGCACAAUAUGGAGCUGGAGAAUUAGGUGACCUAAAGACGAGCCCUUGUGAUGCGGAUAGCAUUGGCACUGUGACAGCUCGCUGUGUAUCUAACACAACAGGCAGCGGUGUCUGGAAUGUGGUGGAAAAUACCUGCAUCUUGCGUGUUCUUCAAGAACUGCUAGACAAAUCUAAGAAUUUACAAGUUGCAGACGUCCCACAGUUUACAGCUGACCUCCGGAAUGCCACCGAAUCCAAUUCUGCUAAGAUAGCAAACUCUGAACUGAAUAUCUUAACCGUUGUCUACCUAAUGGCAGUUAUUGCCAAUGUGUCACAGUCAUUUAUAGUUGACAAGUCCAUCAUGACGGAUUUUCUGAAAACAUCAGAUGCCAUUUCAACAACAGCAACGCAGAAAACCUGGGAGAAGUUAAACCAAAACAGUACAACUCAGGAGACAAGCUCUGAUCUUCUGAAGUCUGCUGAAAAAAUUGGAGGCAGACUCACAGAUGACAAUUUUACGAUAACAACAAACAGCACUCAGCUGGACAGAACUAAAACUUCUGGUUCAUUUUUUGGAACAUUUGGAGUAAAUUCCACUACACAGAUAGAUAUCCCAGAGCUUACAGGACAGACUAUGAUCACCACCAUAGUUUUCUCAGCCUAUGACAAUGUCUUGUCUGUUCGAAAUGCAACUUACAAUGAUAAUAAAAAUGCCAGUAAAAAUGACAGUACAAAUAACAGUAAAACUGACACUACUAUCAAUGGAGAUGUGGUGGCGGUCAUCGUGAACAAUACUGUUUACAACAUCUCUCUUAUCUUUGAUGUUAAAAAUGAGUCACUGAGAAGCCCUCAGUGUGUCUUUUGGAACUUCAGUCUUUUGGAUGAGAUUGGAGGAUGGGACUCAACUGGAUGUGAAAUAAAGCCUUUAGUGAAUCAAACUGGCAAGUUUAAGUGUGAAUGCAACCACACAACCUCAUUCUCAAUCCUGAUGUCACCAUUUUUUGUGGACAGUCUUGCCUUAGCCUUUAUAACUUUCAUCUGUGUCGGCAUUUCCAUAAUCUGCUUAAUUUUGGCCCUCAUUAUUGAGAUCAUCGUAUGGAAGCCAUUGACCAGGAAUGACACAGCCUACAUGCGCCACGUCUCCAUAGUCAACAUCGCUCUGUCCCUCCUGAUUGCAGACAUAUGCUUCAUCAUUGCAGCAGCUAUUGUUAAAGACGGAGAACCAACACCAGUGGGUCCCUGCAGUACAGCAACAUUCUUCAUGCACUUCUUUUACCUUGCUCUCUUCUUCUGGAUGUUAUUCUCAGCGCUCCUGCUCCUCUACCGCACCAUUAUGGUGUUUGGUAGAAUGUCUAAGUCCAUUAUGUUGGCCAUAGCAUUCUCUGUUGGCUAUGGGUCCCCUUUACUCAUAGCUGUCAUCACUGUGGCAGUAACAGCUGGAGUUGAAGGAUAUGUCCAGGAACGGAACGUCUGUUGGCUGAACUGGUUCAAAACUAAGGCCCUCCUGGCGUUUGUGAUUCCUGCUCUGACUAUUGUAGCUAUAAACUUCCUGGUGCUUGUUGUGGUGUUAUUUAAAAUGAUAAGGAGGGGAGUUGGUAACGUCUCUCAGCCAGAUGAGAAACAUCCCUUAAUGAUGAUUGCCAAAUGUCUGGCCAUUUUAACCCCUCUCUUUGGUCUGACCUGGGCAUUCGGCAUCGGGACCAUGGUGACACCUGCUUUAGGGAUUCACAUUGUGUUUGCACUCCUCAAUUCACUGCAGGGUUUCUUUGUUUUGGUAUUUGGAAUUCUGCUGGACAGUAAGAUCCGUAAAGCACUGGCAGAACGGUUGAAACUACAGAAUCUUAAGAAUCUUAGCUUUACAAGGAGCACAAGUGCAGGCCCAUCAUCUUCAAGUGGGCUGAGAGGCGGUCGGAAUGGAUACAACGUAUCAAGUGGAUCCUCUGCAGUUUCAUCUUCAAGCAUCUCAGAUACAGUUACCAAUACUUAGUGCACCCCACAAAACUAGGUUGAUUUUAGAUAAGAACAUACUCAGAAAAGACCAGUGAUGAAGAGGAUUCCACUUAAAAAGAUUCAUUUGAAUUCAUUUGCUUGAUUACUUGAAGAGUUUGUGUGACAAAGCUAUGAAAUGAAUUUCCACUUUAUUGUGUGACUCAAAUUAUUCAAAUUAAGUUUAAAUAACCCACCUCCAUAAUUGGUUGACUUUUUAAAACUUCUACAGUUUACAGAUGUCUCAGAAAUACCUGUUACACAAUUCAUUAACUAUUAACCAGCAAAUAACAAUGCCCUGGUGAAUUGAAAUGUAACAUGGUAUAAAUGUAUUUUUUAUGAUGUGUUAUUAAGGUCUUUUCUAAAUUAGGUGUUAACUGUUUGUUGACCAAUCAGGUAAAGGUUGAUUAAUUAUUAAGCUCUGGAUGCUUUUAACCGUUAUAUGAUCUUUUGGCUGUUGCUACCAACAUUAAAAAGCUCACAGAUGCCCUCUACAGGUUCAGUGGUCAACUCAUCACUGUGAAAUUAGUGUUCAGUUCUGAUUAACAGGAGAUGAAAACAUUCAGAACACCCAACAUGUUUGAGUACACUUCCAACUGAAAUGUGGCCAUUUACAAGAAUUUACGACACACUUAAAAAAGAUGGUGCUUCAAGGGUUCUUUAGUAAAGAAA